AACUUUUGGUGGGAAGAAAAAAAAAGUGUGUGCUUGAAAUGAGCACGUCAGUCUGAGAGAUAAAAGGCAAUUCUUGAGGACGACAUCUUUCACUGGCAGAGUAAAGAGGAAGUCAUAGGGGGAACUUACAUUUUCAGAAGCAACCAUGAUCAUUUGGAAUCCCACCUUGCUGUUGCUGAGGCUUCCAGUCCUUCUCAUCUGUCUGAUAGAGAGCUCAUCAGCCUCUGACGGUCCAAUUCAUCUGGUGUUUGAUGAUUAUGAAGAGACAACAACAACGCCACCCGACAACAAAUAUCCAGAUGUCACCAAAAGUGCUGGCGAUUACAAGAUAUGUGACUACGACCUGUGUGUGGCCCAAGAGGAAAGUUGCCAGGACAUUGCAGCCAAAAUGGGAUGCCUGUGUCCAGGGAUCACACCCCAGACGGAGCCUCCCCACACGCCCCAGGUCACAGGUGUAAGUCCGGCAGAAUCUGGACAGGUCACUGUCCAUUGGUGUGCCCCCUUCUCCUUCGUGUCCCAGUAUCGGGUCACUGUAGAGGGCAAGGAGGGGCAAUCCCAUGUAUUUGAAGGGAUGUCCCGCAACGUAACUCUUGCAGGCAUAAAGGUGGGCCAGAGAGUCUGUGUGCAGGCCAUGAACAGUGCAGGCGUAAGCUCACUUUCCGAGGAGUCCUGCUCCACGUACAGGCCGGAGAAGCAUGCAAACACACCCUUGGUGGCAGGGGUCAUUGCUGGGGGUCUAGGAUUCAUUUUGCUCCUCACCGUGACGGCACUCAUCCUAUGGAGACGGAAGGCAUGCUGCAAAGGCGGGACAGACAACCCCCAGGGACUGAGAAAUCCGUCAUUCAGUACCGACGGGACAUUGUAGCCUGGAUUCUUUGGAACAUCUAUCACCACAGAAAUGUGGAGCGGAUUUUGUAAAUCUGAUGACUCAUUUGAGAGAUAUGGUUAUCACACAGUGAUGCCUGCUAAUUGGCAUGUUUCACUUGAGGGUUAUACUGUGGUUGUUUGAAUGUGUGAUUGUUUUACAGAGGGUACUAAGCUAAACUGAUGUUACUAAUGAUAUGUGCUGGUUUGAAAGUGAGAGCCUGGAGCUCCAUUGUAUUAUUUUUUUGUGUAUAACAGGGUCUAAUUUAAUUAUAUAGGAUUUUAUAUUAGUUAUAUAAGGAAGAAUGAUAAUCAUCCACAUAGAGAGGGAGGUUAUAGCAUGUGACAGAGCAUGGGAGAGCAUUAUCUUAUCUUAGAGAUCAGAUAAAUGUGAUACCAAAAUAAUAGUAUUGAGCAAUGUUUUUGAAGACUGUAGGAGAGAAUUGAGUCACUAUGUCAUACCCAACCAAGGUGAUAAGAGGUGGGCCACGGGUGUGACCUAAGACUUUGGUAAUAGUGUUACACAACCACAUUUUAUUUCUUCUCUGUGAUUUUCUGAUUCUAAUUUUAAGCAGUCAAAUGCUUGGCAAAACUCUAAAAUAUCUAAAAUAAAGAUCUAAAAUAUCUAAAAUAAAGCCUAUUCAUUUUGUAACUGUAACAUCUUAGGAAUAGUGUUGCUAUGAAUAGUUGGGUAUGAAAUGGGUGUACAACACGAUUAAAUUCAUUUCUGUGUCUGAUCAUUUUAAUUUUUAAAAUAUUUUUUUUAUUGAUUUUUGUCUUAAUAAAAAGAAAAAUAUA